CGCGGCGUGUGAUCGGGACAGCGUGCCGCUGCUAUGAGCGUCCCGGCGUUUAUCGAUGUUACCGAGGAGGAUCAGGCAGCCGAGCUGCGGGCUUACCUGAAGUCUAAAGGAGCGGAGAUCUCCGAGGAAAAUUCAGAAGGGGGGCUUCACAUUGACUUGGCCCAGAUCAUCGAAGCCUGCGACGUCUGUUUAAAAGAUGAUGAUAAAGAUGUGGAGAGUAGUAUGAAUAGCGUGGUGUCUCUGGUCCUGAUUUUGGAGACGGAUAAGCAGGAAGCUUUGAUCGAAAGCCUGUGCGAAAAGCUGGUCAAGUUCCGGGAAGGAGAACGUCCAUCAUUAAGGCUGCAACUGCUGAGUAAUCUCUUCCAUGGCAUGGACAAAAGUAUCCCAGCUCGAUACACUGUAUACUGUGGUCUUAUAAAAGUCGCAGCCACCUGCGGAGCCAUCAUCUACAUUCCCACAGAUCUCGACCAGGUUCGCAAAUGGAUUUCUGACUGGAACCUCAGCACAGAGAAGAAACACAUUGUGCUCAGGCUUCUUUAUGAAGCUCUUGUCGACUGCAAGAAAAGUGACGAAGCAGCGAAGGUGAUGGUGGAGCUGCUCGGCAGUUACACGGAUGAUAACGCCUCCCAGGCUCGGCUGGACGCUCACAAGUGCAUCGUAAGGGCCCUGAAAGAUCCCAAAGCCUUUUUGCUUGAUCACCUUCUUGCUUUAAAGCCUGUCAAAUUCCUGGAAGGAGAACUGAUUCAUGAUCUUUUGACCAUAUUUGUCAGCGCCAAGCUGUCCUCCUACGUCAAGUUCUACCAGAACAACAAAGAUUUCAUUGACUCACUGGGUCUCUCUCAUGAGCAAAACAUGGAGAAGAUGAGGCUCCUUACCUUUAUGGGAAUGGCCGUGGACAACAAGGAAAUCUCAUUCGAUACUAUCCAGCAGGAGCUGCAGAUCGGCGCCGACGAGGUGGAAGCAUUCAUUAUUGAUGCUGUCAAAACAAAGAUGGUGUACUGCAAGAUCGACCAGACGCAGAAGAGGGUUGUCGUCAGUCACAGCACACACAGGACCUUCGGGAAGCAGCAGUGGCAGCAAUUAUAUGAUACGCUCAACACUUGGAAGCAGAACUUAAACAAAGUGAAGAACAGUCUCUACAGUAUUUCCGACGCUUGAUUAUGAUGAUUAUGAUGAUGAUGAUUAUUAGCUUUUUUUAUCCAGUGCAAAACAGCAGUUUUUGGGACGCUUUAUAAAAUUUGACCUCCUCUGGAUCCAGUUAUGUCAGGAAGGCAACAAGCCCGUUAGCAGUUCAACUUUACAUUGGAAGGAAAUUGUUUCUAUGCCAUCUAAUAAUAAAACGGAAAAAAACAUCUAA